AGCAGAUCGGUCGCGACAGGGUGGCAGCCAUCAGCGGUUGGUCCGGUCUUCGCCGCUCCGCAGAACGGUUCGGGCACUUCCACUCAAUCCACUUGACAACCGUCUCCAGCGAUGGUCCACUUGCAUGCUGGCACCGGCAUCUCCAAACCAGACUGGACCUCGUGCGGGCGCUAUCCAGCUCCGAAGACCGCUUUCGAAGCGUCGCGACGCGAGAUCUAAACUUACCCACCCGAAUAUGCGCUUUGAUGGGCGGCUAAACUUCACGGACAACUCGACUUUACUAGCACCAGCAGACACUCAGGACAGUGGAGGUGUUGGUGGUAAAGAAGAUGUACUGGGGUGCCGCCUCUGGCUCCGAGGUGACGUAGCAGCUGCAGCUCGGGCUGCGGCAUAAUAAUGCACCAGGAGGCGGUCCUGCUGUGCACAGCUGAUCUGUACGUACGUGGUUGAAUCGAUGGCGGCUGCCGCAGCCUCGGCCCAGGCUCAGGCCGUAGGGGGCGGAGCCCUAGGGCCGGGGGGCGGGCCACCGCAGCCGAACCCCGCCUCCGACCAAAUCGCUUCGCCGCCCGCCACGGCCGCCGCCAUAGCCCAAACUAACACCACCGCAAUCUCAGUAACCAAUCAGCCGCAUCAACACCACGGACACACAUUCUGCAAGAAGACCUUCCACAAGCCCACCUACUGCCACCAUUGCACCGACAUGCUCUGGGGACUCAUACAACAGGGAUUCACAUGUGAAGUUUGCAACUUUGUGGUACACGAUCGCUGCCUGAAGACUGUCGUUUCUCCUUGUUCCAGUAUUGCUGCCACCCUAAUCAAGAACCCUGUUGCUCACUGCUGGUCCGAACCUUUUCAUCAUAAAAGAAAGUUUUGUAACGUUUGCCGCAAAAGAUUGGAUGAUAGUGAGUCGGUGCAUUGUGAAAUAUGUGAGUACUUCGUGCACGUAGAAUGCCAGGACUUCGCUGUGGCGGACUGCAAAGAGAACGCAACCUGGGUUCCGGGCAAAAAGCUGGGGCAGGUCAAACAUCAGCACCACUGGCGAGAGGGUAACUUACCGGCGGGCAACACGAAAUGCGCACUUUGCAAGAAAACCUGUUGGUCUCAGGAGUGCCUGUCUGGGUAUAGGUGCGAAUGGUGCGGUUUGGCGUGUCACGCGGCAUGUCACGUGCAAGUGAGCAGCGAAUGCAAGUUCGGAAUGCUGGAGCCGAUCUACCUGCCGCCCCAUUCCGUGAGCAUUCCUCGCACCGAGGUACCCAUGGAGGCCAUCAUAGGGGUGCAGGUUCGCAGGAAGGACACCCUCUCUCGUGAGUAUUCAUGUCCACGCAGUACAUCGGAGGAAUUCCCUAGUGGAGACGGCAGUGGUUGUAGCAGUAAGGGGCCAAGGGACUCUGAAGACUAUGCGCAAGGCCAUCCACCAUCUAGCAAGGACAAUCGACAGGAUAAGAAUAAGAACCAGGAGGAACGCGAUGAAGAAGUGAUAAAGGUAUACGACGGGAACAGUUCGAUGCGUCGGCGUAUCUUCCGCUUGGUAUCAGUGCAGCGCACGGCGCCGUUGCGGCAGGUGUUAACGCAGGCGUUAAGGGCGUUUCACAUCACGCGCGACCCGAACGUGUUCCAUCUGACGGAUGCGUAUUCUCCGGACGAGGGGAUUCUGCAAGAUCCGCAUCCCAUCAUGUCGCUGCAUCGCAGGGAAGGCAAGAGGCCUGCGGUCUUUCUCAGGUUCAAGGAUCGUGACAACGAUUCAGGCGAAGUGAGGGUGUAUCCCGGCAAACUUCAAGUAUCACAGGCACUUUGCACCGUGCCUGUGGAUUCUAACAUGACAGUCGGGGAUCUUAUUCGCGAAGCGUUGAAGCGUUUUGGAUUGGAUGACAAAAAUUGCGAGGAUUAUAGAUGUAGCGAGGUUCUUCUGGACAGAGGAGUAAGCGAAAGAGUACUAUCUUGGAACGAGAGGCCGUGGGAGAUCGUGAAGCAGUUGGGAAAAGACAGCAUCAGGCAAAUGGAGUUGAUGAGAUUCUACCUGCAAUUGAAACAAGAUCCUCAUGGUCCUAAUGUAGCCUUGUUUGUCGGAAAUCUACCACCAAAUCUAUCUGAGAGGAACUACGAGAAUAUAUUGACGGAUUUUUUAGGGAGAGAAAAUAAAUUUUCAAAAAUUGGUCCCAUUUAUUACGAAUACGGAUCCAUGGUAAUAACCUACGAAGAUGCUGAAAAGGCUGUCAGAGCUCUCUACACAUUGCGCGAAUCAAAAUACGAAGAUAAGCCUUUACUAGUGAUGCUAUUACCCAACAUCGAACCAUCUAUGAUCCCAGAGGGCGUUCAACCACUGUUAGUAUUCGUAAAUGUCAAAUCUGGAGGAUGCCAGGGCCUCGAGCUCAUUUCAAGUUUCAGAAAGCUGCUCAAUCCAUACCAAGUGUUCGAUUUAGAUAAUGGUGGUCCACUUCCCGGUUUGUAUGUGUUUCGCAACGUAAAAAACUACAAGAUAUUAGUAUGCGGAGGAGAUGGUACCAUUGGUUGGGUAUUGCAGUGCUUGGAUAACGUAGGGCAGGAUUCGCAAUGUUCCUCGCCUGCAUGUGCCAUCGUGCCUCUCGGAACAGGUAACGACCUGGCCCGAGUGCUACGAUGGGGCAGCGGUUAUACGGGUGGCGAAGAUCCUUUGAACUUGUUGCGUGACGUCAUCGAUGCCGAAGAGAUCAGACUUGACAGGUGGACGGUGGUGUUCCAUCCAGAGGACAAGCCCGAUGACAGCGUCAAGCAGGUCAACUCCACCGGUUCGACCAGCGAGGACAACAGCCAGAUCUUUGUCAUGAACAACUACUUCGGAAUCGGCAUCGACGCAGACCUGUGCCUCGACUUCCACAAUGCCAGGGAGGAAAAUCCGGGAAAGUUCAUCUCGAGGUUGCAUAACAAGAGCGUUUACGUGAAGAUGGGUUUAAGAAAAAUCGUAGGACCAUCUAUGUGCAAGGAUCUUCACAAGGAAGUUAGAUUGGAGGUCGAUGGGAAACACGUCGAGUUACCACAAGUUGAAGGAAUCAUUAUUUUGAAUAUACUCAGUUGGGGAUCUGGAGCGAAUCCUUGGGGACCGGAGAAGGACGAUCAGUUUUCUAAGCCUAAUCAUUGGGAUGGAAUGCUGGAAGUAGUUGGAGUUACCGGUGUCGUUCAUUUGGGGCAGAUUCAGUCUGGGCUAAGGACGGCCAUGAGAAUUGCCCAGGGAGGGCAUAUUAAGAUCCAUCUAAACUCCGAUAUUCCUGUUCAAGUGGACGGUGAACCAUGGGUACAAAGUGCCUGUGAUGUUGUAGUUUUAAAAUCUGCGCUGAAGGCGACAAUGCUGAAGAAAAAUAAGUUCAAGCGUCGGCCCACAGAACCAUGUAUACUUCCAUCAGCCAAUGGGGAGGGGGGCAAAAGCACAGAUGACUAGAUCAAUACCCUAAACAAAACACGAAAAUAUUCCCUUUUAUUUCAUGUGCCACUUCUUUCAGAGUUUAUCAUUUCCUGUUUUAUACACAUUAAAAUAUAGCAUGAGCAGGAAUUUUGAAACUGUGGGACGCACCUUUGACGACCUUUAUCAAGUAAAACUACCCGAUUGUUGAUAGUUUACACCACAAACGCAUAAACAUUUUUUAGACACAGGUGCGUUUCUGUCAGACAAGUCUGAAUCGGCAUGUUUUUUCUUCAACUUAUAAUUACUAAAAUAUAGUUUUUGUACCUUUAAUAAUGUAUUAUCAAGUAGUGAUUGACAAUCUCAAAAUAUCCUCUUCUAUUUUAUCCAAUCCUGUAAUUUCCUUUCUAGUUUUUAACGUCAAGAGUUUUUAAAUGCAAUGUUUCCGAUAAGUCACAUAGCCACACAUGCAAAAAAUCAAUGGAAUGGAUUAAAAAUCCAACAGUGUCUUAGUUUUAACAACUGUGAAAACUAAUAAGUGAGAAGGAAUUGCAUGCACAAUAAUGACGAUUCAUUUGAUAAGUUCUUUUGUAGUCUCCGAGUGAUAUAAUUAUUUGAAAAUCUUCGUACUAUUAUAAAAAGUAUACUAAGCCUUAAAAUUAAAAACGAGUGUAUACGCCCCUCUCCUCAGGCCACGAUGCUGAAGAAAAUGAAAGGAAAAAUGAAACGGCGUAAUACAGAACCGACGAUGCUGGUUUCUCCAGGAGGACAACUGGCUCCUCUACCUUCAAAUGAUGGAGAAUCAUCGCCAACUGAUCCAGAAAAUACACAUUUCUGAAGCAUUCUUUACACUAAGCGCUCAAGGUCACUGAAACUCUAUCCCACUUCUGAUAGCGAAAGAGCUUUAAAUUUGGAGAUAGUGACCUAAAGCUCUUCGUGCAACAUGCUUAAGCUAUAUUACAAACAAUCAGUUACUGAAAAAACGUAUUAAAGAAAAUUGUUGUAGAUGGUUUAUUGUUAUGCCUUCUGUUACCAAACCUAUAUACCUCACAAAAGGUAAACCAAGCCAAACGAAAAAGUACAAAAAACGCACAAUGUUUCUUGAUACACAAACUUAACAAUUUUAUGCGGGUCUUUCGCAAAUGAGGUAUGCUCUGUUUUGAUUAUUAACUUUAAGCUACAAUUCGAACUUAGCAACCUGCACUUGUGGUAAGCUCGCACAAAUCUGGAUAUCGAACUAUUAUUUUAUUUCAUGUUUCUCUCUAUACCUGUUAUUUUCAUUUUUUUAAGAUAGAAUGAGGAAAGCUUUUCAAUACGUUUUUUCAGUAGCUACUUAUCUAAACCAAAACUCAAUGCCUCUCAGUAGUUAACAACUAGCUUCCGGUAAUGUUCAGUACAGAGUAUCGUGUAUUUUUACACUGAUUAAUCUAUAUUUUUCUCUCGCUUUAACUCUUCAAAUGGUGUGCCAAAAAAAAGUGCAAAGAUAUAUUUUUGACGUUCAAUUUUUACGUUAAAGAUGAUGUGAACUUGGAUGGUUUCAUACCGGAACUUCGGUUAGUUACACUCAGAGGUCAUUUUAGCUGUAUGUUCGUUUUAAGGUAUGCAUUUAUUCAGUUUGCAAAGCACCUCGUGAAAACAAAACGUCAAUAAAAUUUAAUAAAGUGAAAGAGAAAUGUCUUGGAAGAACCAGGUAAAUCUGACCAGCUGCUUUCAUGAGAUGUAUGUUGUUUCAAAACAGUACAACUAAGCCAAAUGUAAUGAUUAUUACGUUAUAGUAUGGUAUUUUUACCAGAAUAUUUGGUGAAGAGUAUACAAACAAAACACUAUAUAUUGAUUGUGGCUACAUAGCCCGUUGAGUUUAUUUAAUUUUAAAUAGUUCGUUUGAGUACAAUUGAGUACUGCGCAUAUGUUAUAGUUUUAAAAUUAAUUUAUUUAAAAAAACUGCAUAAAAAUCAAAAAAAUAAGCAGUGCUGUACCUCCUUGUACAGCGAGUGGUUACAUGUGAGUAUAUCUUGCAUCACAAAUUUUCAAAAACCACUUAUAAACGGUAUAACCAACUGCAAAACCGUUCAUAAAAACAUUGAUCGAAACAUUCUUGGAACACAUCUCGUAGUAAGUUAAGUGUCAGUGUCGUUAUAAAGUGUGAAAGUGAGGAUACGGUUUUAGAGACUACAGUAAAUGUAGCUGGACAGUGGUUUUACAUGCAUAUGUUAGGUAUGUCGGAUACGGAGCAUUAAAUCGCUAACAGGUGUGUUCCAGAUGCUUCGAUCUUUGAUAGGCUAUCAUGCAAUCUUAGUACACCCUUCCCAAAAUUGCUGGACAGUCGCUGGAAGCAGUGACAGAAGUGCGGUAUAGGUUUAAUGCGUUGUUACCUUAUGUGACCACUAGAUUUGUGAAAAACGUGCACAGGACAUAUGAAAUAACGUAGCAUAGAUGCUAACGAUGCGUCGUUCUUUCACGUUAUCGUAUUGAUUGAUGAAAGUUUACGCUUUUGGAAUCAAUAUUGAGUACAAUGUACGCUGUUGGACGUUAUUGGCAAUGACAAGUGACAUAUAACCAAUCGCGCUGCGAACCUAAAACUCUCUACUUCGACGUUGUUGUCGUUUGCGUGCUGAGGACGGAUGUAGGAUCACGUGGCUUCCGCAUGAUCCUUCAUCCCCUUCCAAGGCGCCAGGCGACAGCCCAGACGAAAGAGGGGGUGGUUAUCAAAGGAAGAGCUUUGUGCUCGACUUCCAGGUGUCGACCACAAGGUAUUGGUCAAUCCGCUUGUGCGCUAGGGGCUCAAUUUUCAUCUUACCUCUAUGGCCUGGAUGCAGAGGAGGUGGAAGUCAAGCGAACAUAGCGGAUUUUCCUUCGCCUGGACCUGUUAGGUACUAUUCGAUGUGCUAUAUUGUUUGUAAUUAUAUUUCCCAAGGUAUAUAUAAAUUAGAUCGAGUUUUGUUCAUUGUUUUGAGGGUUCAGCUUCGCUGCAGGCUAUUCGUAACCUGCGAGGGAGCAUUUACAAAUAUAUAUGUAUAUGUGAUUAAAUAGAUAUAUUAAAAAUUGUGAAAUAUAGAAAUACUUAAAAUUA